AGUUCGUUUCUGUUUACUUAGUGACUGAGGGGAACGGAAAAAAAAACGUAUUUGAAUAGAAAAACUUUUGUAAAUUUCGUAAAGACUUGUUUAUUCAGUUUGUUGGUUAUAGACUCAUCUGGUGUCCGUCAUGGGGGUGACGCUCUCGAGGGCAGUUCAGUGGAGCGCUGAUGGAGUUCAACUAGAGAACAGUCCUCUGAAUAAUGACAUACUGACUGAAAUCCUGCUCUUCACUGAGAACUUCGAAAUCAGACACCCAGAGGAGGCCAGGAUUCAAUUCAGCGAGCCUUUACAAUGGAAAACAUCUCUAGAGGCAGCUGAUUUCACAUCAGAUAUAUAUGACACCAGAGAAGAAUCAGCUGUGUCCCUGGAAUGUGAUGAUAAGGGACGUCCUCUUCUUCAGCUGAGUCCACCUGACAUCACAGUGCACUCAUUUUACCACCUCUCCAACCUUUUGAAACUAAGCAAAGAUAAAAAGAUGGGGGAGGUCAGGGCCUGUUUGGAAGUUAACAGCGAGCCAAUAAAGAAGAUAUUUGGGCCCAUCUCUCCCACAAUACACGAAGGCAAGCUAUUCAAUAUCCUACAUCAGCUGGACGAGAAGUUGUUAAGCAUUGCUGUCAGACCAAUCGUGAGAGAGGGCAGGCUAAGCCCAGCAGCUGUUAAUACAGAGGUAGAUCUGUUGAAGAGAGAAAACCGGGUGCUGAAGUCACUGUGCUACACAUCAGAUUACGUGUUCUCCAAUGGUUGUCGUUCUCCACCGUGGAGACAGAUGGAUGGAGAGAUCUGCUCCCUUAUAAUUGAGACCAGUGACACAGAGCCCACCCUGUUCAUCACUUGCAACACAAGUGGAGUUUUCCUUAAUGAGAGAAUCAACGGAGAAGGAGGUGAAAACUCCUUUAUUACAAAACGUGAAGUCUACAAAGACAUUGUCACACUGCUGAAAAACACGUCUCCCCAUUUUGCUGCAGCUGCUGAUGAACAGGACUUUGCCAUUCAAGAUGUGCCAUCAGCUAAAAAGAUCUUACAUGUGGAAACGGUUGAUGUGGAGGAAACAGGCCAAACCCUGAAGUCUUACGACCAUGAUGAAAAGAAUGUGCCUGAAAAGCUUGCGCGGAACAAGCCGGGCAGUAGGGAUAAGACAUUAGAACCAUCUUUGAAAUGGACGAAACUUGGCCUCACAUCGUCUUAUGAUGAGGUAGAGGAGAAGACCAGGAGGAGCAGAGAAAGUAAGAAGUCACCCACAGCCGAGAACCAAAAAAAAGCUACCUUUUCUGAAUCGUCUCUACCAGGCUGCCAUUCCUCUCGAAAAACUAAAAGCCCAGGAGGAGCUGACGACUUCAGCGAGAGUUCAUCAGAGGAUGAUGAAAAUGAGGAACAGCCUGAAAGACGUGCCGAGAUCCCCACCGACCUGCCCUCUGAAUACUGGCAGAUCCAAAAACUAGUCAAAUACUUAAAGGGGGCUAAUCAGACGGCCACAGUGAUUGUGUUGUGCGCUUUGAGAGACUUUAACCUGGUGCAGGAGACGUGUCAGCUAGCUAUCAGAGACGUGGGGGGGCUGGAGGUUCUCAUCAACCUGCUUGACACGGAUGACAUCAGAUGUAAAAUUAGUUCUCUGAAGAUCUUGAGGGAGAUCAGUUGCAACUCUCUGAUUCGACAAACCAUCGCUGAUCUGGGUGGUUUACAGACCAUGGUGUCCAUUCUGGACGCUCCUGUCAAAGAGCUGAAAUGCCUGGCUGCAGAGACCAUCGCCAAUGUGGCCAAAUUCAGACGGGCACGCAAGACGGUCAGACAGUAUGGUGGCAUCAAGAGACUGGUGGAGUUGUUGGACUGCGUGCCUGACAGUGUGUCUCUGAGUGCGGAGCAGGAGAGGGAUGCGGAUGUGGCGCGCUGUGGGGCUCUGGCUCUUUGGAGCUGUAGCAAGAGCACCAGGAACAAGGAAUCCAUCCGUCAGGCCGGGGGAAUCCCCCUGCUCGCCCGGUUGCUCAAGUCAUCACAGAAGAACAUGCUCAUCCCUGUGGUGGGAACCUUGCAGGAGUGCGCUUCUGAGAAGAGCUACAGAAUUUCUAUACAGACUGAGGGCAUGAUUGAGGAUCUGGUGAAGAACCUCAGCUGUGACAACCAGGAGCUCCAAAUGCACUGUGCCAGCGCUAUCUUUAAGUGUGCAGAAGAUAAACAUACCCGUGAUUUGGUGCGGCAGUACGACGGACUGAAGCCACUGGUCAUGUUGCUCAACAAAGCUGAAAACAAGCAGUUACUAGCUGCCACGACUGGAGCCAUCUGGAAAUGUUCCAUCAGCUUGGAAAAUGUAGCUAAGUUUCAGGAGUAUAGGGCACUAGAAAUUCUGGUAGGUCUUCUCAAAGACCAACCUGAAGAAGUGCUUGUUAAUGUAGUGGGAGCUUUGGGAGAAUGUGCCCAAAUAUCGGAGAAUCUUGCCACCAUCCGCAAGAGCGGUGGUAUUCAGCCUUUGGUCCGCUUACUCAGCGGCACCAACCAGGCCCUUCUGGUAAACGUCACAAGGGCCGUGGGAGCCUGUGCCACUGAUCCUGAGAACAUGCCGAUAAUCGAUCGUCUUGAUGGUGUACGUCUUCUUUGGUCUUUGCUGAAGAACCCCAAUCCAGAUGUUCAGGCCAGUGCUGCUUGGGCCAUCUGCCCCUGCAUUGAAAAUGCAAAGGAUGCUGGGGAAAUGGUGCGUUCCUUUGUGGGUGGUUUGGAGCUCAUUAUUAACUUGCUAAAAUCACAGAAUAAAGAUGUGCUGGCCAGUGUUUGUGCAGCCAUCGCCAAAAUUGCCAAAGAUGUGGAGAACCUGGCAGUUAUUACAGACCAUGGUGUGGUUCCCAUGCUGGCCAAUCUCACCAACACUGGGGAUGAUAAGUUACGGCGGUACUUGGCAGAAGCCAUCGCCUGCAGCUGUACGUGGGGGAGUAACUGUGCAUCAUUUGGGGAAGCUGGAGCUGUAGCCCCACUGGUGCACUAUCUUCGCUCAAAAGACCCUUUGGUGCACCAAGCGACAGCCCGGGCUCUGUUUGAGCUGUCUAAAGACCCUAACAACUGCAUCACAAUGCACGAAAACGGAGUGGUCAAGCUCCUGCUCAUCAUGGUCGGAUCCACAGAUGAGAUUCUACAGGAGGCGGCAGCCAGCUGUGUGGCCAACAUCCGAUGCUUGGCGCUGGCCAAUGACAAAGCUAAAAAUGGUUAAAAGUGACCACAUCUUCCUUUCAGUCUCACCCGCAGUGGGCAACAGAUGAGAUACUUUACCCACUCAAUGAGUAUAAGUGGAUCAGCUGUAAUGACUGAUGUGUGUUUAUUUAAUAAAAGGAAGCAUUUAGCCAAA